GUGUUUUAUUGUGGAGCAUGCCUGGGCAUGUCUCUCCCGAUCCGCUUUAUGAAGCUGCGCCUGGCAACCCCGCAGUUACCCGAGAGACUCGAGGAAAGCAGCAGCAGCAGCGAGAGACACGAAUGCGAAUAUCAGCAGCUCCCGACAAUGCCUCUGGCCAAAGAUCUGCUGAACCCGUCCUUUGAUUUUGAGAGAAGGCAACAUAAGAAGAAAAGGCUUGUGCAGAGUCCCAACUCGUACUUCAUGGAUGUGAAAUGCCCAGGCUGUUAUAAGAUCACGACUGUGUUCAGUCAUGCGCAGACGGUUGUGUUGUGCGUUGGCUGUUCGACGGUGCUCUGCCAGCCCACAGGAGGAAAAGCAAGGCUGACCGAGGGUUGUUCUUUCAGAAGAAAGCAGCACUGAGAAGGAUGAAAAAGGAGUGAUGCUUUGAAUACAAAGAAUUGUGCGACUUCCCAAUGCCUUACUUUUCAUUGAUUACAAUGAAUGAACUUGAAUAAUGUGAUUAUGAAUGGUGCGUGGCAGGUUCUUUCUACCAUGCUAUCAGUUCAGUGCUUCUGAAUAAAGUUUCUUCUGCAUGACA